GAGACCCAGAUGAAACAUAAAGAUGAGAGAGCCAAACUCACCAAUGCCAUUCUCAGUGACAUUAAAGUAAUCAAACUGUAUGGCUGGGAGAAAACCUUCAUGGAGAAAGUGCUUGGUAUUCGGAAGCAAGAACUUCAGGCCCUGAAAAGAUCUCAGAUUCUCUUCUCAGCAUCCCUAGUUUCUUUCCAUUCAUCAACUUUCCUGGUUGCAUUUGUCAUGUUUGCUGUGUACACUCUGGUGGAUAACACACACAUCCUGGAUGCUCAGAAGGCCUUUGUGUCUUUAACACUGAUCAACAUUCUCAACACUGCGCACUCCUUCCUGCCAUUCUCCAUCAAUGCUGUUGUCCAGGCCAAAGUUUCUUUAAACCGCUUAGCAGCUUUUCUGAGCCUGGAAGAACUGACUCCUGAGAGCUCAAGCAGAAGCACUUCUGACUGUGGUGAGAUUUUCUUCCAGGCAAGUAUCACCGUAAAAAAUGGGACUUUUUGCUGGAGCAAAGAAACUUCUCCCUGUCUUAGAAGGAUAGAUCUUACUGUGCCCCAGGGCUACUUGCUUGCUGUAGUUGGCCAGGUGGGUGCUGGAAAGUCCUCCUUACUGUCAGCACUACUUGGUGAGCUGGAGAAGAUGGAUGGCUGUGUAACCAUGAAGGACACUGCAGCUUAUGUCCCCCAGCAAGCUUGGGUACAAAAUGCUUCUGUGGAAGAUAAUAUCCUCUUUGGGAAAGAGAUGGAUGAAACAUGGUUCAAUAGAGUGAUAGAUGCUUGUGCACUGCACCCUGAUUUGGAGAGCUUCCCUGCAGGGCAGAAGAGUGAAAUAGGAGAGAAGGGAAUAAAUCUAUCUGGAGGGCAGAAGCAAAGAGUGAACCUUGCUCGUGCUGUGUACCAGAAAGCUUCAAUUUACUUACUCGACGAUCCUCUCUCAGCUGUUGAUGCCCAUGUUGGACAGCACAUUUUUGAACACGUUCUUGGACCCAAUGGCUUACUGAAGGACAAGACUCGUGUGCUGGUGACUCACACAGUCAACAUUUUGCCUCAAGUGGACAAAAUUGUUUUUCUGGUGGAUGGAAUGAUCUCAGAAACUGGUUCUUAUCAAGAACUUCUACAAAGAAAUGGGGCAUUCACAGAAUUUCUUCAUUCACACAUGACUGUGGAAGAGAAGGCAUGUGCUGGUUUUCCAGGAGACACCAAAGGCACCAUCACCUCUACAAAUGGUCCAUCUCAGAAGAAACUCUUUAGUGGAAAUUCAGUCAACUCCUCUGCUGUGGGAAGGGAGACCAUUCCUGCAAGUCAAGACUGUACCACUGCUGCAGCCACCAAAGGAAGAUUAACCAAGGGAGAGAAAAUUCAGCAUGGCAGGGUUGACACUGGGGUUUAUGCAGCCUACCUGAAGGCGACAGGCUUACCCCUGUGUGUGUACAUCGUUCUGUCUUUCGCGUGUCAGCAAGCUGUGUCGUUCUCCCGGGGUUACUGGCUCAGCAUGUGGACAGAUGACCCUGUUUACAAUGGGACACAACAGCACACAGAGCUGAGAGUUGGAGUGUUUGGUGCAUUAGGAGUUGUUCAAGCCCUUGGCAGGUUUGCCUCCACAACAGCAGUUCUGCUGGGUGGUGUGUUGGCCUCACACCAGCUCUUCCUGCAGUUGCUGAGCAAUGUCACUAGAUCCCCAAUGGUCUUCUUUGAGCAAACACCCAUUGGAAACUUGCUGACCCGCUUCUCCAGGGAAAUGGAUGCUAUUGAUUCUGUCAUCCCUGACAAGCUGAAGUCCUUGCUGGGAUUUCUGUUCAACUUACUGGAGAUCUACAUUGUGAUUAUAGUGGCAACACCAUGGGCAGCAAUGGCCAUAGUGCCCCUGACUGUUCUUUAUGCUGCAUUCCAGCACUUCUAUGUCAUCACCUCCUGCCAGCUGAGACGCAUGGAGGCUGCCAGCAGGUCACCCAUCUACUCCCACAUUUCAGAAACUUUCCAAGGGAGCAGUGUGAUCCGUGCUUACAAGGACCAGGAGAGGUUUGUUUUGAAGAGCAAUUUUCUAGUGGAUGAGAAUCUGCGGAUAUGCUUCCCUGGAGCAGUUGCUGACAGGUGGCUUGCUACAAACCUGGAGUUUCUAGGCAAUGGCAUCGUGUUGUUUGCAGCACUGUUUGCAGCAAUGGGCAGAGCACAUCUUAGUCCAGGAACUGCUGGCUUCUCCAUUUCAUAUGCUCUCCAGAUAACUGGUGUUCUGAACUGGCUGGUGCGUUCCUGGACAGAAAUAGAGAACAACAUUGUUUCUGUGGAGAGAGUGAGAGAAUAUUUGAGGACUCCUAAGGAGGCACCCUGGACUAUGAGUGACAAACCUGAAGGUCAAGUUUGGCUCACUGAAGGAAUGAUUGAAUUCAGAAACUACAGUCUGCGAUACAGGCCAGAUCUGGAGUUAGCACUGAAGCAUCUCAGUCUGACCAUCAACGGGCACGAGAAGAUUGGCAUAACUGGAAGAACAGGAGCUGGGAAAUCUACUCUUGCUGUGGGAUUGCUGCGAUUAGUGGAAGCUGCGGAAGGAGCAAUCCUAAUUGAUGGACAGGAUAUUGCUCAGCUAGGUCUCCAUGACCUUAGAACCAAGAUAACUGUCAUUCCCCAGGAUCCAGUUUUGUUUUCUGGCUCUCUAAGAAUGAACCUCGACCCAUUAAACCAAUACACUGAUGCAGACAUCUGGACAGCUUUGGAACUGACUCAGCUCAAGAACUUUGUUGCAGAUUUGCCAGAGCAGUUGGAAUAUAAGUGCACUGAACAAGGGGAAAACCUAAGCACUGGUCAGAGACAGCUGGUUUGUCUGGCCAGAGCACUUCUGAGGAAAGCCAAAAUCCUCAUCCUAGAUGAGGCCACAGCAGCAGUAGAUUUAGAAACUGAUCUCCAGAUUCAGUCCACGCUGAGGACUCAGUUCAGAGACAGCACCGUGUUAACGAUAGCUCACCGGAUAAACACCGUCAUGGACUGCGACAGGAUUUUAGUCCUGGAAAAUGGUGGAAUAGCGGAAUUUGAUACUCCAGAACACUUAAUAGCUCAGAAGGGACUGUUCUACAGACUGCUGGAAGAAUCAGGCCUUGCAUGA